AUCCCCAUAAAUUUAAUAAUAAAGCCAAAAAACUGAUUAUGGCUUCCGGAUUUAACAACAGCCGACGGUGAGGCGGUGGCAACGGCGGUGACGUUUGGCUCAGAGUGUACACAAACCGUUGCCAGGGAGGGAACGUUUGCUUUGAUUUACUGUGUGUAGGCCUACCCGGCACACCUGUGGACACUGUGGCACGGACAGGAGGACCAGGAGUGCCUUCAGAGUCACUGACAUAUAGCGCCAUGGCCGACACACUGGGCCAGCUCGAGUGCCCCGGCUGACAGGUCCUAAGAGGCGGGGACAUUACGAGAACUUGCGUCAUAAUUCCCAAGGUGAGCAGCGCCAUGGCCCCAAGUCUGGACGGGCCUGUCACCCCCUCCUCCCCUGGCCGGCUGUCCACCCCUAAUGCUGACAAGGGGGAGGGGGGUGCGCGGCAGAGGUGGCGGCUGCUGGUGGUGUCGUCCAAGGCUCGGCACGUGGAGGCGGUCACGCAGGCGGUCCUUCCCUCGGUGGUGCUGGUGACCUACAAGUAUGACACCUCAACGCUGGACCAUAUUCUGGCUGAGGUGGCGAGGGCAUUGUCUGGCCGCAAGGUGGAGUCGCUGGCUAUGUUGCUGCACGGCUCAGAGCUUCAGCUGCAUAUCUGUGGGCCUGGGGAGAAGGUCGUCAGCUCCCACUCGGUGUCACAACAAGCAUCCGUCAGGGAGUUCUUCAGCGCCCUUGUCAACACACACCUUGACCGCACCCAGCUACACCCUAGACUGGACUUCUUGGCGGCCCACCCAGCGCACCACCCCCAGCACGCCCAGACCCUCGCCGCUGACCUGGCCGAGCUGCUACAGCUCCCAGUCCAGCUCAUCAAGGACCUCCAGGGUGCCGAGGUGGAGGUGGAGUGCCGAGGGCUGGAGGGCAGCACCACACACGUACCCCUGGGCCAGCUGUACUUCCACCCCCAGAAGCUGAAGGAGGUACUGAGGGCGGCCGGCAGCGGUGCCAACACGAGGGUCAAGGAUCUGGAGAAGGAUUAUGAGAAGAUCAGGAUCAUUGGCAAGGGCUCCUUCGGCAGCGCAGUGCUCUACCGUAGGCUGAGGGACGAGGCUUUGGUGGUCAUAAAGGAAAUCAACAUGCUGGAGCUCUCGGCCUCGGAGCGCCAGAUGUCCCUUAACGAGAUCAACGUGCUGGCCCUCCUUGACCACCCCAAUAUAGUGAGCUACAUGGACAGCUUUGAGAGGGACGGCUUCCUGUGCAUAGAGAUGGAGUACGCCGACGGGGGCAGCCUGGCACAGUACCUGACGCAGAGGGUGAAGCGCAUUGACGAGAGGGAAGUGCUGGCCAUCUUCCACCAGAUCACGGCCGCCCUCAGCCACAUGCACCAGCACCACAUACUGCAUAGAGACCUCAAGACGGCCAACAUCUUCCUGACCAAGGAGGGACAGGUCAAGGUCGGGGACUUCGGGAUCAGCAAGAUGAUGAACACACAGUCCGUCCAUGCCCACACCGUCCUGGGCACCCCAUACUACAUCAGCCCGGAGAUGUGUGAGGGGAAGGAGUACGACGAGAAGAGUGACAUCUGGGCGCUGGGCUGCAUCCUGUACGAGAUGGCCUGCCUGCAGAAGACCUUCGAGGGCUCCAACUUGCCAGCCCUCGUCAACAAGAUUAUGAAGGGUCAGUUUGCACCCAUCCGCGGGAACUACUCACCAGGGUUCAAGCAGCUCGUCAGGGACCUGCUGCAGCGUGACCCGGAGUUCAGGCCCACGGCAGCCGAGGUGGUUAACGAGCGUCUGCCUGAGCUGCUGGCCCAGGUGUGCUGUGAUGGGCUGGACGCUGAGGAGGUCAAUGAGCAGCUCCGGCACUCCAUAGAGGUGGCCAGACAGACCCAGGUGUCCAGGUCCUCCCGGCCGCCCCGGUCCGUGGUCUACCACUUGAAGGUGUAUGACUCCUCCAUUAGCCUGGGCCCGGUGCCCCUGCCAGCCAGGACCAGGGUCAAGGAGCUGGCCGUAUCCAACACUCACCUGGUGCUGCUGACGGCAGAAUGUCUCGUCUACACCUGGGGCGAGGGCAAGAAGGGUCAGCUGGGUCACGAGGCGCUGGAGGUGUGGCGGGGGCGGCCGGGCGUGGUGGAGGCGCUGCGGGGGAAGGCCGUCACCCGGGUGUGUGCGGGGGACGGGUUCUCGGUCUUCGCCUCGGAUAACGGGAUCGUCAUGACCUGCGGCGACGGGACCUUCGGGUGUCUGGGUCACAAUGAUUGGAACAGCUCAACCAAACCUAAGCUGAUUGAGCGGCUCCUGGCGGUGGACGUGUGUGGCAUCAGCUGUGGGUCGCAUCAUGUGGUGGUGGUGGCAGCCGAUGGGGUGGUGUACGCCUGGGGCCGGGGCGAGGGGGGCAGGCUGGGCACCGGCUCCGAGGAUGAUGCGUGUCACCCCACUGAGAUAGAGUUACCCGGCGAUGUUGAUGUGACCAGUGUGCGGUGUGGGGGUGAUGGGACGCUGCUGGUGACGGAGCAAGGCGGUCUCCUAGCGUGCGGCAACAACACAUACAACAAGCUCGGUCUUAAUCAAGCGCCCGGCCUGUUCUCCAUCAAUUUUAAGAAGGAGGUCCCCAAGGCGCUGGUGGCCACGAGGGUGCGGAGUAUUGGCUGUCGCGUGGUGGAUGUGGCGAUGGGCCCCUCACACACCGCCGUGCUCACCGAGAUGGGACAGGUUCUGACCUUCGGGCGUAACUGCGAGGGUCAGCUUGGUCGUGGGAACACCAGGUCCACGACGCGUCCUGUACUGGUGAGGGCCAUGGCCAGCAAGGUGGUGACGAUGAUCCAGUGUGGCUCCACCUACACCGUCGCCGGCACCAUGAACAACGCACUCUACCUGUGGGGGACGCGCGCUGUCAGUCCACUAACGAGGCCCAACACACAGGAAGGGUUCACUAACACUUGGGGUCAGCGCAGUGCCUUGGGGUCAGCAGCGAACAGCACCAACAGCACCAACAGCACCAACAGCGCCUCUAAUAGUCCCAGCGGUGGUGGUGGUGGUGGUGGUGGUGCCAAAGGGGAGAAGCCUGCUGGUGAUGGUGGAAGUGCCGGGAGGUCACAGCGGUCUGGCAGCAGCAGCGAUGGGGGGGAGUCAGCCCAGCGCCGGCACCCUCGGAACAUUAACAUGCGGGAUGUGUUGCUGCACCCUCAGGAGAUACUGGCGCUGUACGCAUCCCAGGCCCAGAUCAGCAAGGGUGAGACGCUGAGCCUGUCCAGCAUCCAUUGCCAGAACCAGAGCAUCUUCCUGGUGGUGGACACAACCGUACCUCUACCUAGGGCCGGGAGUUCCCUAUUGGCAGAGAUGGAGGAGAAGAGGAAGAAAGAGGAGAAGCCAGAGGGGAAGGCAGAGGAGCAGGCUGGGAAGAAGAUCAAGGAGCAGGAGGAGGAAGAGGAGGAGGAAGAGGAAGAGGAGGAAGAAGAUUCGAGAGAUGAAGACUUGAAUGACAGCAUGGGUCCAGUCCCAGACUGGCUGAAGGCUGAGCUGGAAGAUGCAGAAGUGUGGUCCAGCUCCGAGUCCGAUAGAGGGAAAGGAAAAGGAAGAGGAAGAGGAGGAGGAGGAGGAAGAGGAAGACGAGGAAGAGGAGGAAAAAGAGGGCCAACCACACGGUCUAGUAACAAGCCUUCCACCACCACCACCACCACCAAGAAGCCAUUUAGUAAAGCUAAGGAGAAGGGAGGUAAAGGAGGAGGAGGAGGAGGAGGGGAGGGAGAGGAGACCCCCUUCCACUCCCCCUUCGUCCCCUCCCCACGCCCCCCUCCGAAGGGAAGAGGAGGAGGAGGACAGAAGACGAUGAUGAAGGGAGAGAAGAGGAUGAUGGAGGAGGAGAAGAUGGCAAAGGAGAAGGAGGAGGCCCUUAACCAGGAGAUCGAGAAACUCCGCUCUGAGCUCCACCGGCAACAGGAACAGCAGAAGAGCAUCAUUGACCAGAGGCUGAAGGAGAUGAAGGAGGAGGGAGGGCCCGAGAAGGAGUCAGGGGUGUGCAGGGUCAUGUAGGAAGGGAAGGAGGGAGAGAAGGAUGGGGAAGGAAGGGUUAUGAAGGAGUAUAGCUUUGAUAGGAAGGGAGGGAAGGGAGGAUAGGAGGGAAGGAAGUGAAGGAAAGGUCUGGGGUGUAGAGAAUGUAGGAAGGAAGGAAGGAAAGUGAGGGAGAGAAGGUGUAUGGAUGUAUAAGGAAGGAAGAAAGAGAAGGAGGGAGGAGGAGUGAAGGAAAGGAAGGGAGAGAAAAGAAGGAAGGAGGAAAUUGUAGGAGGAGGAGGGAAGGAAGGGAAGGAAGAAUGGGGAGGAGGCGGAGGAGGGAA